CAGUCUUCUUCUGCUCUCUCUCCCACCACACACGCACUCUCUCUCUCUCCCUCUCUCUCAGAGAAGAGAGGCUAAAGAGAUAUCGAGAGAUGGAGAAGAGCCGGUCGUUCCCGUCGGCGGGCUACAGCACGAACUUCGGGUACGACGAUGAGCCCGAAAAGAACAACUCCUACAGCUUCAACGGGCCGAGGUCAGGCCCGAGCGACCCGGAGCUAAAGCGGAAGCGCCGUGUGGCCUCCUACAACGUCUUUACCAUGGAAGGCAAGCUCAAAUCCUCCGUCCGAUCAAGCUUCAAGUGGAUCAAAUCCAAAUUCUCCGAUCUUCGUUAACUACUUAGCUCUCUCUCUCUCUCUCUCUCUCUCUCUCUCUCUCUCUCUCUCUCUCUCUCUUAAUUUCUCUUCUCUUUAAUAAAAAUCUACAUAAAUAUAAAUGUAUGUGCUUUGAUGUUAUGAUCAUAUCAUAUGUUAUUGAUAAGGUUUUGGGACUUUAUAAAUGUAUUAUUACUACUUAUCGAUAGUUUUUGUGAUUAUAAAAUUUCUCAAAGACUUUCUUGA